UUCUAAUAACAUGGAUUGUCAUUAUGGUGUGGUUAAUCAAUGUCAACACCUAACUGCAGAUCAGUCACGGGGUAUUCUUAAAAAAUACGAUGCUAACAACGACGGUGGUCUAAACAAGAAAGAGCUAAACGAUGCCUUCCAAUCCCUUGGAGCUCAUCUGCGCGACAAGCCUGGUCGUCUACCCGGCAGGGGUGGUCGUCCGCCCGGCAGGGGUGGUCGUCCGCCCGGUAGGGGUGGUCGUCGUGCACUCCACCAUGCUGAUGCUGACGGAGAUGGAUUAAUCUGGGAGGAGGAGCCUCCUCGUGCACUCCACCAUGCUGAUGUUGAGGGAGAUGGAUUAAUCGGGGAGGAGAAGCCUCGUCGUGCACACCACCAUGCUGAUGUUGACGGAGAUGGAUUAAUCAUGGAGGAGGUGGUCGUCGACCUUCUGCACUAAGCUUAACAUUUAGUGAUCUUCCCCUAUAUAUAUAUAUACACGUAUAUAGUGUGUCUGGUAACAAGUUAGUAUAUAAAUAAUGUAGUAGCUAGCUAAGUUUCAACUUCACAUGAUGUAAGAAUGAAAAGGCGGCUAGCUCCUUCUGUACAGCAAGGUUCAGUACUGCUUGUAUGUGUUUUAUAUGAUGAAGUACUAGUGCUUGUUUGUAUUA